GAAGAGGCGCUUGACUUUUUUGACCUAUAUUAAAGCAAAACCAAAAAGCUUCUGUUGUAAAGCGUGUUGUUUUUCAGACACAACCUAAGAAACUGAUUUCCCGACAUCCAGAACGUCGUUCAAAUCCAAUUUUUUUUCUUCCUUUUUUUUUUUUUAUAAAACAUAUCUUUUUCGGAUUUUCCUUCGAAUUUUUUCUUUUGUUUUUUGGGAAAUUUUGAUUUCUUUGUUUUUAGAAUGAUUUCAAGCCAUGCGGUGGCUUCAGAAUAUUCCGUUUUAUUAUUCUUCGUCGUCGUCUUCGUCUUCCACGAUCGCCGCAUCGUCUGAAGCUUCCUCCGGUAAGCAUUUUCAAGAUAAUCAUAAUUACCAUAAGCGUACUCACAAGCAACAUCACAGUUACUUGGGAUUUCGCAUUGCGGGAUCUAAGCUGACGAAGCAAAAGGAGGUGACGCGUCUCAGCGACCGAGAGUUGUUGGCGGCUCCGCUGUCCCCCAGUAACGAUACUCCAUUGUCGUCUUCAGCUCCUACUUCGAGGACAACAUCGUCGUCGUUGGCGGUGCCGUUGCCGCUUCCGCUUCCAGUUCCAGAAGGAGACGGCGAGCAACGGUUGCCGUCGCCGAGUGAGGUUGGACACGGUAGAGGUUUAGAGGAUAAAGAUAGAGAAAAAGCAGAUGGAACUCCUUCCCAUUCAAGUAUGUUUGUGUCUCGUGAACCGAGGAAGACAGCAGAGCAUUGGGACAUAAGAUCAUCCUCUAAGGUAUUGCAGCAAGAAGUGAAUCGUGGGGACAGUUGUCAGGAUGAGUUUAGGGUGAAUGCUCCUGUUAGGAGUGCCCCUGCGAGUCCGUUCAGUAGUCCGGCUCUUUUUAGCCCACACAGAAAGAGUACCAGUGAGAUGUUUCCGCACUACAUGGUUCCUACUGGUAAACAAGUUUGGUCUGCACCAGAGAUGCCAACGUUUGAUGUUCCAGGGCUUCCUCCCCCAGCAUUCUAUGAUUGCAGCAUAUUAAGCCCCGAUUGCACUCCGCUUCACAGUCCGCCAAAUAGAAGUCCUCGUCGGAACUUUAGAAGCCAAAGUGGACCUCCUUCACCAAUACAUCAGGAGAUGUCCCGUGAGUUCUCAUCAUCCCGACCUGAAAGUAAUUGCCCUAUGAGUGUCCAUCCGUUGCCUCUUCCUCCAGGAGCAGCCAUGGCUUCGUCAUCAGCUUCCGUUCCCCAAGUUACAACUAAACCAGAGCCGUUGCCAAUGAAUUGUCAAUGGCAAAAAGGCAAGCUUAUCGGGCGUGGUACAUUUGGAAGUGUUUAUGUUGCCAGUAACAGAGAAACGGGAGCUUUAUGUGCAAUGAAGGAAGUUGAGAUAUUUCCUGAUGACCCGAAAUCUGCAGAGUGUAUAAAGCAAUUAGAACAGGAGAUUAAGGUUCUUAGCCAGCUUAAGCACCAAAAUAUAGUUCAGUAUUAUGGUAGUGAAAUAGUUGAAGACAAGUUCUACAUAUAUCUAGAGUAUGUUCAUCCUGGUUCAAUUAAUAAAUAUGUUCGCGACCACUGCGGUGCCAUUACAGAAUCUGUUGUCCGCAAUUUUACUCGCCAUAUUCUUUCCGGGUUGGCUUACCUCCACAGCACAAAGACAAUCCACAGGGAUAUUAAAGGGGCUAAUUUGCUUGUUGAUGCAUCUGGAGUUGUCAAGCUUGCCGACUUUGGGAUGUCCAAACAUCUUAGCGGACAAAGAGCUGAUCUUUCUUUGAAGGGAAGUCCAUACUGGAUGGCUCCAGAGCUAAUGCAAGCAGUGAUGCAAAAAGAUAAUAGUUCUGAUCUAGCUCUAGCUGUUGACGUUUGGAGUUUGGGUUGUACCAUUAUCGAAAUGUUCACCGGUAAAGCACCAUGGAGUGAGUACGAAGGGGCUGCAGCUAUGUUUAAAGUGAUGAAGGAUACCCCUCCCAUUCCCGAAGCAUUAUCACCCGAGGGGAAGGAUUUCCUACGCCGCUGCUUCCAAAGAAACCCUGCAGAGAGACCAUCUGCAAGCAUGUUACUAGAGCAUCGAUUUGUAAAAUGCUCAUCUCACUCAGGUUCCUCAUCUUCUAAUGGGCUAAAGUCCACGGAUAUGCCCCUUAGUCCUAGAGAGCGAUCUGAAUUUAAACUGGAUCAAUUGCCAGUGCAGCAAAGCCUACGAAGUUCAAAGUCCAUUACUCCUGACUGGGAAAUUACACAACGAUCUCAUUACAAGAGCUCUGACUUAAGACUAGCCUCACGUAAUUCUCCUCGUUCUACCCUUGAGACUCUUCCUAGUUUGUCGCCUCCACGCUCGGGUCAAAAUACUCAUCACCCCAGCCCAUCUAGUAGCAUGAACAGAUCUAUCAACCAGGAGCCUAGGAAGCUCCAUAUUUUCAGAUAACAAAUGCAGAGAGGAAAACAAAGCACUGUACAUUGUUUUCGAGGUUUCUGUGAAUAAAGCAAAAGCUUCGAGCAUUGCAUUCAACGCAUGAGAAGAUGCCAUAUAACUUGUGGCCAUAGGGAGCUGAACUAAAAACUCCCUGGGCGACCUGAUCGGCUGUCAUUGAAAUUCUCCAGGCUUGGAAGCAUAUCCAGAAACAGGAUAUAUAUAUAUAUAUAUAUAUAUAUAUAUAAGCAAGUUUUUUGUGUGGAAUGUAGUUAUUGGUUUUUUUUUUUAGAGCUUCCAAAAUUGAGAAAGCUCUUUUUUCAUGUAUCCUAGAGAAGGUGACAUUUUGAGCUCCAUAAGUGCAAUGAAAUAGUUGACUUUAGAAGGCUUAAGUUAGCUAUACGUAUAUAUAUAUUGUGUGUGUGUGUUUGUAUAUGUAUAUCACUCUUCUAAUUGGCUAAUUCCCAAAUCUGAGUUGCCCUUACUCUCUGGAUCCUGCAUUUUUCUGGCAAAUUGUUAGAUUUACCAAUUGGCCCAUCUUAGUUUUAGUUUUUACUAUUUGAAGUCCAAUGCAGUAAUAGAUUGUUUAUAAUAAUGCAACUUAAAAUUACUUCGAUAGAGAUGUUCAGUUUGAUUGUGAAAUUUAAAAUAAAAAAAAUUAUAAAAAUAGAAACUUAUUUAAUACAUUCCACAGCUGAGAGAUUAUUGGGUACACUCACCCUAUGAAGAAAAAGGCAGCAAAAUGAGCAUUAGCCUUUUUAGAGCUGAUAGUAAUUAUCCCAUAUUUGACUCAAAAGUCAAAACACCUAAUCACCAUUUGUGUCGGGUUUUCCACCAUUGGAUUUGGAUGGAUACAAUGGCUGGGAUUUAUGCCCUUUUUUUCCCCUUUAAUUAAAAAUCUUUAAAGACAAAAAGAAAUCAAAAGAAUUUAAUUAGUGACAGAAACACUUUCCUUUUCAACUUUGAGCUAAUUGCAAUCACGUGAAGAAGUAAACUCACACAUCAUUUUCCUUUAUCUUCAUUGUUUUUACUUUUCCCUUUCAGUUUUGCUUUUCUUCCUCAUAGAAACCAAAAGACACUUCCAGACAAGACUUUGUUCUCAAAAACAGUUGUUUUUUUAGAAGACAAAGAAACUAAGAAGAUGGAACCACCUGCAACACAAUCCAUAGAGACUUCCACCAAGAGUUUCCAGGUUGAAGAAGAUGAACAAGACAAAGUUGUUGAUGAAUGGUUUGUUUUAUUAUUAUAAUGUUGUUUUACAAUCUGAUUAUACUUGUUUGAUUCUCUUUUUUCUGCUAUUUUUCUGGGUUUUCUUUUUUUUUUUUUGCAGUUGUUCUUGCUGCUACGACUGCACUGGGAGCAUAUUUGAUUACUUAUGUUGCUGCGAUCUUUGUUAGAAUAUAAAUAUAUAUAAAUUAGAAAGUAUGGGAUAAUCAAAGGAUCUAAGUUGAUGUUUCAAAAGAGUAGCAGGAAUCUAUAAAACUUCUAUUUGAUUGUUUUGUUUCUUCACUGCGUUUAAAAAAGUAAAUUCAAUUGUUUUAUAAA